AUGUGUGAAGCGUGUCCCGCCGUAGACGCCGAGUCCCACACGGAUGUGUUGAUCGUGGGCGCUGGCCCAUCUGGGCUAAUGGCCGCCUACUGGAUGGCGCGCUACGGUAUAAGAGCUCGGAUAGUUGACAAACGGCCCACGAAAGUAUUCACGGGCCAUGCGGACGGCUUGCGCAUGCGAACUCUGGAGCUUUUUGAUAGUAUGGGGAUCCAGCACCGUGUCGACCACGAGGCCCAAUCUGCGGUAGAUGUGAACUUCUGGGUUCCUGGGGAGAAGGGACAAUUGAUGCGACAGGGCCCCAUUACUCCGGGUCAAGCGCAUCAUUCUCCUUUCCACCAUAUGCUAUUGAGCCAGGCACGUAUCGAGGACUUCAUCCUGGACAGUAUACGGGAGCAUUCGGAUAUCGAGGUGGAGCGUGGGGUUAUAGCAGAAUCGUUCCACUACGACGAGACCCCCGGCGAAGACCCCAAUGCUUACCCUAUCACGGUGCAGCUCCGGAGAAUCCUUGAUGAUCCGCAAGAAAAAGGCCAGGGCUCGCAAGCCAGCCAUUCGACGAAGCCAAGCGGUUUUGAUCAAAGUAACGUGCCCCCCGAAGAUCACAACAAUCUCGCUGAACAGAACCAGAAAGCGCAUGUGCCAAAUGAGACUGUUAGGGCGAAGUAUAUCAUUGGCUGCGAUGGCGCUCAUAGCUGGACAAGGGGACAAUUAAAUAUCCCGUUUGAAGGGGAGAGCACCGAGCAUGUGUGGGGCGUUAUAGACACGAUACCCAUCACGGACUUCCCGGACAUUCGACGUCUUUGCACAGUCACGAGUCCGCAUGGCACGAUUCUCGUCAUCCCACGCGAAAAACAACUCGUGCGUCUGUACGUUCCAGUUCAGAUCAUGGACGAAGAGAAUGGGCGGUUCGACCGGUCGAAGAUCACUCCCGAAGCGAUCAAAGCACGCGUCCAGGCGAUUCUGGCCCCUUACAAAUUCGACUAUCAGAUCCUCGACUGGUGGACCGCAUACCAGAUUGGCCGACGAAUCGCCCCGAGCUUUUCGCGGUGGAACCGGGCGUUCAUCGCGGGCGACGCCGUACACACGCAUUCGCCUAAAGUGGGACUCGGGAUGAACAUGAGCAUGCAGGAUGGGUUCAAUAUUGGGUGGAAGGUGGCUCUGGUGGUUUCCGGGGCCGCGGAUCCUUGUAUCCUCCAGACUUAUCACGAAGAACGGCAUCGUCUCGCAGAGUUGUUGCUUGAAUUUGACAAACUCUGGGCAGGCAUGUUUACUCAAGAGAAUAAGCCCGCUGCCAGAGGUGCCCAAGGGAAGACAGAAAGCAUGAUGCAGGUCGUGGAGCAGUUCCAGGAUUUUGCAGACGGCAUCAAAGCUUUCUACGGCGAAAGCCCUCUGGUCUGUAAACAAAGCGGAGGGGUGAAUCUCACCACAUGCAACUUGAUCCCUGGAGAGAGAGUACCCCCAGUCAAACUUCGCAUGCAGGCGGAGGGAAACAACGUCUGGACAACACGGCUCUUCGAGAGUAAUGGCCAGUUCAAGCUCGUUGUGUUGGCCGGUGAUGUUCGCGAGGUAGCACAGAAACAGCGCCUUGAAACCUUGAGUGCAUUCCUAUCCCGCUCCGAGCCACCGAAUAGCUCGCUCUUGACCAGAUAUAGCUCGAUAAGGGGACGCUCCAAAUCACUCGUGGAUGUUUUGACCGUCCAUAGUGCCCCCUGGCCAGACACAGAAUUCUUCCACUUUCCAGAGGCCCUCCGGCCCUUAGAUCCUGUGUUUGGAUGGAGUUAUGGCAAAAUCUGGUGCGAUGAUUCUUGCAGCUGGGACCGCGACUGCGAUGGCAGGGCAUAUGAGAAAUGGGGAGUUGACCGAAAACGUGGCGCUGUUUUCAUUGUUCGCCCCGAUCAGUACAUCGGUUGGGUGGGCGAGUUCGAGGACAUUGAGAAGGCAACUAAGUAUUUCGAUGGCUUUCUAAAAACUUCGAAGGGCGAAUGA